CACAUAACCGCAUGGCUCCAAGAUUCAACUCCUCAAAGUCGCUGUAUGAUUUUGUGGUGAGAGCUGGCAAUGGUGUGAAAGGUUUGGUAGACUCAGGUGUGUCCGAGGUGCCAGAGAGGUACAUACAACCUCGAGGGGAACGGAUCAACAAGCAUGAUUCAAGAGCAUGUGAUGCUCCACCCAUUGACUUGUCAAAACUCAAUGGAGAAGAGCAUGAGAAAGUGGUGGAUGAGAUUGCUAGAGCAGCUGAAACUCUUGGUUUCUUUCAGGUGGUGAAUCAUGGGGUGCCUUUGGAGUUGCUGGAAUCGCUUAAAGAUGCAGCACACACAUUCUUCAGUUUGCCACCAGAAAAGAAAGCUGUUUAUUGCACUGGGGUUAGCCCAAGCCCUAGGGUAAAAUAUGGGACUAGCUUUGUGCCAGAGAAAGAGAAGGCUUUGGAAUGGAAAGACUACAUCAGUAUGACAUUUAACAGUGAUGAAGAAGCUCUUCAGUGUUGGCCUAAUGAGUGCAAGGAAGUUGCACUUGAGUAUUUGAAGUUAUCAACUAAGAUGGUUAGAGACAUUGUGGAAGCGUUGAUUAGUAAGCUGGGAGUUACACUAAAAGAUUCAGAAAUUGAGGGCCUUCUUGGAAUGAAGAUGGUUAACAUGAACUACUAUCCAGCGUGCCCAAAUCCAGAGCUUACAGUGGGUGUUGGGCGCCACUCCGAUGUGGGAGCUAUCACAGUACUGCUCCAAGAUGGCAUCGGAGGCUUGUAUGUCAAGGUAGACCAACAAAAUCGUGCUGACAAAGGAGAGUGGUUGGAAAUUCCCCCAAUCCCUGGAGCUCUUGUAAUUAAUAUUGGCGAUACUUUACAGAUACUGAGCAAUGGGAAGUAUAAGAGUGCUGAACACCGAGUAAGGACAAGUAGCAGCGAAUCCAGGGUAUCGGUUCCGGUGUUUACAAUGCCAAUAGCUACAGAAAGAAUAGGUCCAUUGCCAGAGGUGGUGGAGAAAGAUGGGUUGGCCCGCUACAGAGAAGUUGUGCUCCAGGACUACAUGAACAAUUUCUUUGGGAAUGCUCAUGCUGGAAAAAGCUCUCUUGAUUUUGCAAGGAUCAACUAG